GCUCUUGAUUUUUUUUUAUAAUUCUCUUCAUUGAGAUAAUUAAAUGAUUAUAUUAGAUAAUCAUUGACUUUGCGUUGGAAUAUAAAUCAAUCUAAGAGUAACUGAUACCUUAGAUGUAGACAAUUUAGUAAUUUUCUUUUGGUGAUUUUGUUUUUCUCUUGUUGUUGUUUUUGUUUUUGUUCAAUCGAGUUACAAUUAUUGAGAAAAAAACACUUACGUUUUCAUUGGAAAAUAAAUUGUUGUUUAUAAUCAUCUCUUUGUUUUUUGUUGUUUACAAUUUUUCUUCUCAUCACAAUUAUGUUUCCAUCAUCAAAUUAAUGUUCUACUAUAUAUUAUUGGUGUUUAACUUGUUCUCCCAAUGAUCCAAUUCUCUCUCUGGGAAUAGUUAUUGUGUCUCUUUGUUGUUGUUAAGUGCCUUCAAUGCGACGUAACUGAUACAUUAAUUUUUCCUUUUCUCUUGUUGUUAUUUUGUUUUCUGCUUUUCUUUUAAUUCUUACCUUGAUUCUGUAACCUAAUCGCCAUUUUAAAACUACUUCUAUUGGUAAUCAACAUCUCUCCUUAUACUCUAAAUCUACAGUCAUCAUCAUCAGGCCAAUAUUUGGAUUUGUUUUGGUUUAAACUUUGUUUUUAUUAUUUCGCAAGAAAUGUCUGAUUCAAGUGUUAAUAUGGUCAUGGCUGAUGUUAGUAGUACGAUGCAAGAUGAUGGCGGUGAUUUAUUGGAUGGAUCUACGAUCAAUGGUAGGCCAACUGAUCUUCAAGCUUUGUGUAAAUCUCAGGCUAAAUUGAUUGAGAAUUUGAAAGCGACUCUUGAUGAAAAGAAUGAUGAAAUCCGAGAGAUUCGCAGUCAAUUGGAUAUCUACAAAUCAAUUGUUACCUUUGGCUCUUCCCGACGAAGUCAAGUUGUUGAUUCUUUUGGUGUCCCUCGACCAAUUACUUUAUCAUCGAAACCCAAUCAACCUCGAAAAACAAGAUUGAUGGGAAUCUCAGCUGAACCUCAGGCAACCCUCACCUUACCCGAAUUAAUGGAAACCAAAUUCACAGAAUAUCCUAAAUCACAAAUAGCCCGGGACUUGAUUAACGCUGCAAUACUCGACAAUGAUUUCAUGAAGAAUUUGGAUCAACAACAGAUUAAAGAGAUUACCGAUAGCAUGUAUCCAGUUAAUUUUGAACCAAAUACUUGGAUAAUUAAGGAAGGUGACAUUGGUUCAGUGGUUUACAUUCUGGAAGAGGGUCGAGUCGAGGUUAGCAAAGAGGGUAAAGUUUUACACACCAUGGGACCAGGUAAAGUUUUCGGUGAAUUGGCUGUACUGUACAAUUGUACUCGAACUGCGUCGGUAAAGGCAAUCGGUUUAUGCAAAUUAUGGGCCAUUGAACGACAAUGUUUCCAAUCGAUUAUGAUGAAAACGGGUUUAAUUAAACAAAAAGAAUACAUGGAAUUUCUGAAAACUGUGCCAAGUUUCCAAAAGCUUCCUGAUGAACAUAUAACCAAAAUUGUUGAUGUUCUCGAAGAGGCUGUAUUCAAAUCUGGAGAUUAUAUCAUUCGACAAGGUGCCAAAGGAGUGACCUUUUAUAUUAUCAGGCAAGGAUCGGUCCAGGUAACAAUUAAAGACGAAAAUGAUCCUGACGGAGAGAAAAUUAUUCGAACCCUUGUGAAAGGUGAUUCUUUCGGUGAACGAGCCUUGACCCAUGAAGAUAUUAGAACUGCCAAUGUUAUCGCUCAUUCGGAUGAGGUCCAGUGUUUGGUGAUGGACAGAGACGUUCACCUUCAUCAAUUAGCAGCUCACAAUGACAAUAGACCCAAUCAAAAACCUUCAAUUAACUUAAUCCUCUCAGUAUUUAUCAAAGUUUCACUGUUUGCAAUUAAAUUAAUGGUAAAACGAUUACCUGGUUUAUCUGGUAUCAAGUCGUUUAAACAACUAUUUGAUGAUCUUGAAGAUUUCAAAUCCAAGCAAUAUGAUGACUCUAAUUUACUUCUCCGUCAAAAGUUAGAGGAACAAUUUGAAGGAAUCAAAUUAAGUGACCUUAGGGUUGUGUCCACUUUGGGUGUUGGUGGUUUCGGAAGAGUUGAAUUGGUGACCCUGGUCAAUGACAGUGAACGCAGUUUCGCCUUGAAAGUUAUGAAGAAAGCCCAAAUUGUCGAGACCCGACAACAACAGCACAUUUUAAGUGAAAAAACAAUCAUGAUGGAAGCUAAUUGUCCAUUUAUCGUUAAAUUGUUCAAAACAUUUAAAGAUUCGAAAUACCUUUACAUGUUGAUGGAAUCGUGUUUAGGUGGGGAACUUUGGACUAUUCUUCGAGAUCGAGGUUACUUCGACGAGCCGACUACCCGAUUUUACACUUCAUGUGUAAUCGAAGCCUUUGAUUACCUUCAUUCACGUAACAUCAUCUAUCGUGAUCUCAAACCGGAAAAUAUGUUAUUAGACAGAUUUGGUUACGUUAAGUUAACCGACUUUGGAUUUGCCAAGAAAUUAUCACCUCCCGGACGGAAAACAUGGACUUUCUGUGGGACACCGGAAUACGUUGCACCGGAAGUUAUACUUAAUCGUGGUCAUGAUUACUCUGCUGAUUAUUGGUCAUUAGGAGUUCUAAUGUUUGAAUUAUUAACUGGUACACCUCCUUUCACAGGUCCCGAUCCAAUGCAAACUUAUACAAUUAUUUUGAAAGGGAUCAAUGCAAUUGACUUUCCUCGGAUGAUUUCAAGCAACGCAACUCAUUUAAUCAAAAAACUUUGCAAGGACAAUCCUUCUGAACGAUUGGGUUACCAGAAAGACGGAAUCGACGAUAUUCGUAAACAUAAAUGGUUCGACGGCUUUUUCUGGGAAGGCCUUCGAUCUAGAGCCUUACCACCUCCAAUAGUUCCUACUGUUCGACACCCGACAGAUACUUCUAAUUUUGAUAAUUACCCCGCGGACACUGAUCCACCACCGGUGGACGAUACCACAGGCUGGGACGAAAAAUUCUAAUCCUUGUUUAUUAUUAUUACUAUUUUUUUGGAAUUAUAACAAAUAUAUAAAUAUAUAAAUAAUUAAUUAAUUGAUAUAUUGA